GCGGCUGUGCGGAAGUCCUUUCAUCCCUGCUGCAAAAGGGGCUUCGCCUCGCGAUUAGCUAUUCUCGUCACAAGUUUCUGCUUGGAUUCAAGCAAAAAGGAGGAACUCUCUUAUUCAGUGUUUUAAUUCAACCUCUUGUUCGCUAUCCCUCAGCACACAUUACCAUCGUCCUCCGCAGGGUGAUGGCAAGGCCAAGCCACAGUGAGCAUGUUCUGCAGCAGCUCAACAACCAGCGGGAAUGGGGCUUCCUGUGCGACUGCUGCAUCGCCAUUGGCGACAUUUACUUCAGGGCCCACAAGGCUGUGCUGGCAGCCUGCAGCUCCUACUUCAGGAUGAUGUUCAUCCGCGACCAGCAGGGGGCGGCACGCCUGGACCUCAGCAACAUGCAGAUCAGUGCAGAAUGCUUCGACCUCAUCCUGCAACUCAUGUACCUUGGCCGCAUCAUCGUGGACCACUAUGAGUUUGAGGAACUGAAGUCCUCCAUGGCGUACCUUCAGAUGUACUACAUCCCUGACUCGCUGGAGGACCUUCGAGACAUCCGUACAUCCAACCUCACUCCCUCCUCUUCAGCUUCCUCCUCUUCGUCUAGCUCCUCAUCUUCCUCCGGCACUGUUGGGAGUAAGAUGAUGUUUGGCGUGCGUAUGUUCGAGAAGCAGAAGACGAGUCCUGCGGCUAGCGAGUGUGCACCUAAGAUUGCGAGCACUCGCCCCAACAUCAACGUGUCAACUGUGAGGCCUGUAGAAGACGUAGUCCUGCCACUUGCUCCAGCGCAUUCAGAUAAUCUGGUGGAGCAGCCUUGUGACCUGAGGAAGAGGGCCUCAGGCCGAAGCUCUGCGCUGAAAGAACGGCCCCGCUUUGGCCGCACAUAUACGUGUGACGACUGUGGCUUUGUCUUCAGCUGUGAGAAGCUUCUCAUUGAGCACAUCCUCACCUGUACCAACCGCAAGGCAUACCAGGCCCCCAGAGUGGGAAAAGCAGCCACCAGCAACUCCAGCAAAGCAGAGAGCUCAGCCUCGGAGGGGCCAGAGGAGCACAGAGGAGCAAUUUGCAAGGGCGAAGAGGAUUGGCCUGACCACAAGUCAGACUCCGAAUCAGUCAUCAGGUCCAUUGCCACCGGAAUGGACAGCGAUCCCACUUUAUCCAGGAACGUUACCAUCAAGGAGGAGCAGGACGAUGACUCAGAGGACACGGAGAUGGAAAGCAUAAAAGUAGUCCAGGUGGGAAACCAUAGUGUAGAGAGUUGCAAGGCACGCCGCAGCAUGUUCAGAGACAAUGUCGGCGACCACAUGAAGUUUGACAGCGAUGAUGAGGCAGGAGUGUCGACCAUGGAUGACUGCACCAGUGCUCUGGAGGGUCACAGUAAGGAAGCAGGGCCAGACGCAAAAGUGCGCAGGAUCAAAGAAGAGAAACAGGAUGGCGAGUGUAUUCCAUGUGAGCUGUGCGGGACCUUGCUGACCGAGGAGGACCAAUCUGCCCAUUACAUCUCCAACCACAUGGGACAUAUAUGUGCGUGCGGGCGGUGUGGCCAGGUGCUGAUCAAGGGCAGGCAGUUGCAAGAGCAUGCAGAACGCUGCGGCGAGUCCCAGUGCCCUGAGACUGACUCCCCAGGUGAAGACUCUCCCCUGCCUGAAGACGGCCCGGUCUUGGACGAGGGCCUACUAGAUGCAGCAGACCUGGGCUUCCGCUGCCCCCUUUGUGGCUUGAUAUUUGAGAGCGAGAGUCUCGCUGUCGAGCACACGCUGUCCUGCCCCGAGCAGGAGCCCUUUCGGGCCACCACCAUGGAGGACGGCGCCGAGCCUGACCACCGGCGCAAGCACUUCUGUGCCAUCUGCGGCAAAGGCUUCUACCAGCGCUGCCACCUCCGUGAGCACUACACUGUGCACACCAAGGAGAAGCAGUUCACCUGCCAGACAUGUGGGAAGCAGUUCCUUCGCGAGCGGCAACUCCGCCUGCACACCGACAUGCACAAGGGCAUGGCACGCUAUGUGUGCCCCGUAUGUGACCAGGGCACCUUCCUGAAGCACGAUCAUGUACGUCACAUGAUCUCCCACCUGUCGGCCGGAGAAACCAUCUGCCAGGUGUGCUUUCAGAUCUUCCCUAGUGGUGAACACCUGGAGAAGCACAUGGAUGUUCAUCUGUACAUUUGCGGCGUGUGUGGGGAGAAGUUUCGACUUCGCAAAGACAUGCGAAGCCACUAUAACCUAAAACACACCAAGAGACAGUGAGAGAGAAAGAGAGAGAGAGACAGAGAGAGAGUGCUUUUCACGUGAAUUUUUAAAAUAAGCCAUUCUGUAAAUGUGAGGAGAAUCUAUGCACUUAGACACCAAAUAAUACCUAUAAACUGCACUUUUUAUGGUAUGCAUAAUCCACGUGUUUGGUUUUUUUCAUGUGAGAUUCAGUGACUGAGACAAACCUUGUCAUUUGUUGAAUCUCAGUUCAUCUUACUCUACAUGUAAUCAAUGAAAUACAGUAUGUCAUUAUGUUUUACUUAACAAGCUUCUAAAGCCCAAAAUCAAAAUUUACGUUGAGUUGUUUUAGAUAGCAGCAUUGGUCCAUCUUAACAUGAUUCAAAUCUUUGAGUACAUGCUUAUUUUAGAAAUGUUAAGUAUAAACAGGGCUUUUCUGUUUUUCCAGUAAGGACCUGUUUUGUUUUGGGGGUUUUUUUUUAACUAUUAUUUUGGUGCUCUAAAUUUUCUGUGACAAAUUUUACUUUAUUUAAAUGUUAUUUUAAUUUAUAGCCCUGGUAAAGUCUUCUCAAGUGUAGCUGUUCAAGAAACAUACAUCUUUGAGGCCUAGAGCACAAUGGCUAUCUAGCAUUAAAUUGUACGGUUUGGGCCAUUCUCCUGUUUGCAACAGAACACUAAAAGUACUGAGUUUGAUACAAAUCAGUCUUCAAACACUCUUCAGCCAGGUUUUUUUUGUGUCAGAAUUAUCUUAUUUCCUUUAAACAUAAUCCAGGAUUUAAUGUAUUAACUAUGCAAUUUGUUUGUGUGAAUGAAUUUGUUCAGUCAGAAUUCAGCAAGAGCUGACAAGUGCUGUGUCAUUAGACUUUUUUUUUUUUUUUUUUUUUUUUUUAAUUAAAAAACAUCUGUUUGGAAGAUAUUUUUUUAUAGUUUGUACACCAUGCAAACUGAAGGUACACCAUGUAUGGUUUCAAUCAUAUUUUAAGCAUAUUUUACUGCUGUAAUCAUUGAAUGAAGCCCUGAGUAGAAAGCCUGUUUUCUGUAUAUUAUAAAUACCCUUCAUACAAAAUCAUUUUCAUUCAGAUUUUUUUUCAGCUGUUACACAGAAACAGUUGUGUUAUCUGACAGGCACUUGCAUUUUUAGCUCAUUUUUGGAAGGAUUUAAUGGGUCAGUGGGUGUAAUACAGAAACAGGCUUUUCACAGGGGACAUCAGUGUGCCUUUGUGAGCUAGCAGGGUUUCAAAUGCUUGAAAUAUUUUAUCCAAAUCUUAUACAUUAUAUCUUGAAGUAUGUUUGGUCCUAGGCGACUGAAGACAAAUCACAGCAUGAGUCUCUUUAUACUUGAUACAACUUACACAUUUGAUCAUAUUUUAUUUUACUUGUUUUAUUUUCAGCUCAUGUGUAGCUUCUAGUGUGUAUAUAAGUUCUGCUUCUCGUUUUUCAUUAGGGAGAAGAACCAUUAGGUCUUUACUGUGAGGUCAGUGUGUUGGAAAAUGAAAUGCUUCUUGAUCCACAUUGUGAGAUUACAACAUUAAAGACUAACAGCCAGUCUUUCUUUGUCACUUCUAAA